AUGAAUUUAAAAGAUGCUUUAGAGAAUAUUAUUUCUAAAACCACAACUUCUGAUUCAAUAAUAAUAGUUGACGAGCUGGUUGACAAAAUUAAAAACAAAUAUUCAGAAGAACAUGGUUUUGAAAGGGGGAAUAUUGUGAACUUCAUAUCAAAGACAUAUGGAAGGAAAGUCAAGUAUAUUGGGAAAAAGAAAAGGUAAAGAUUACUUUUGAUGUCACAAGUUAAAUAUAUAACUUAUUUAAUGUAUGAGUUUGAUUAUGGUGCAAUGCAAGGGUGGGCAGUAGCGAAGUAGUUGUAGUUCGCUACUGUAGCGAACUACAAUUUUCAAGUAGCCAGUAGUUUUUGACUACUUUUCUAAAACAGUAGUUGUAGCGAACUACAUUUUGCCUAAAAGUAGCCAAAUAGUUGACUACUUUUCAAACAGCGAAUCGCUAUUCGCUACUUUUUAAAAUUGUUAGCAACCGUUCAUAGAAUAGAAUGAUGAUAAGACACGGUUUGCUUAAAAGAUUAUUUUAUACAGUAAAGAUUAUUUUAGCGCAAUGAAAAGUGGCACUCCUGAACACUGUACUGCUUAUAAAAAUGUUGCUUUGACCCUUCUUGUUUACUGUUUCUACUGGUAAGUCGAUUUGUUAUAGGUUAUAUUACAGCCUGAGCUAGUGGAUGCUCCAAAUACCGUAAAACUAAAAAAUAUAGAGCAGCGAAAUAGUUCACUACAUUUUUUAAGCAGUAGCAGUAGCUGUAGUCAGUAGCGAACUACCUUAGUUCAAAAGUAGCAGUAGUUGUAGCUGACUACAUAUUUUUGAAGUAGCUGUAGUUAUAGCGAACUACAGAAAUUUUGUAGUCAACCCACCCUUGGUGCAAUGCUAUUAAGGGUGUGAUACAUUUGCAUGGUUUUACUAUCCACAAUCAUGAAAAUAGUUUAGCCUAAAGGCCCAUUAUUGUUUUUCGUGAUGCAUGUUAAUGAGUUGAUGGGUUAUGAAUGUUCAGAGUACAGUAUGUUUACCGACCUGAACAUUUAUAACUCAUCCACAUGUUCACAUCAAUUAGAAGAGGAAAAUAACGCCUAAAAUAUCAGCAAAAAUUGUAAGUGUAAACAGGCCUUUACUGCAUGUAUAAUAAAACAUUUUGAUGCAACCUUGAAAGUUUCAAAAUAAAAGCCAUGUAGUAUAUUCCUAUGUAAACAAUGUACAGUAGCCCAUACUGUAUAUGUGCUAGUCUCAUUUACCAUAGUUUCUGACAGUGAAAUUAUGCCAGUGAAACUGAUAAAAUUUGCCGAGUUUGUUCCAGAAAUGAUCUGCAUGCUGUGUAUUGUGUAUACGAGUAGGGUGUAAAAUUCACCUGAAUGGGGGAUAAUCUGUCUAAUUCUCCUCUGUGCUCCUUUACAUGUACAUGGAAUUACAAACUUUUGAAAGUAAAAAUGAUUUGAAAUCUUUUUUAUGUUGGUGUCAAUUUUUCCUUUUUUUCAAGGGCAUAUUAUCGAGGGCUAAUGUUCAUUAUUGAUACUGAUGAAUUGAUUGAAGAAGGUAUUUAUUGUGCUAAAGUUGUUUUUUUAUGAAAUUAUUUCAUUUUAGUAUCACUAAAAGUCAUUUAGUAGUAUUACUUUUAGCUAAUCCUUCAGUGCAAAUGUGUUGCAAGAUUUAGCAGACUAUAUAUCUGGCAGCUUUAAAUACAAUGAUCCAUUUUGUGUUAUUUCAUUCUUUCCAAUGGAAGAUGAUUUUUUCUGAUUCUCACAAAAAGGAAGGUGUUGGGUCUUAUGAUAAUACAAAAACUAUGAAAAUCUUACACACAGUGCCAGCAUUGUAGUGGUGUUAUAUUAACCCUUUACCCAUUGGAGUGCAAGACCCUCCCAUUGGCAAGUAAAAUAGUCCAGCAUUAGACGUAGUAAAAAAUAAAGUAGGGUGCAUUUGGGUGUAUUGCUGCAUAAGGGGAGAGUCUCACACUUUAAUGGGUUGACAAAACAAUCUGCCAAUGUGUAUUGUUAACCCUUUAAGCAACAAUGCACCUUAUUCUUUCACUCAGCAAUAAGCCAACCGACCUCUGUUCUGUCUAAUGCCAAUUUUACUCGUCAAGGGGAGAGUCUUGCACUUUAACGGAUUAAACAUAAUUAUUGUUCCCAAAGGAUUAUUACCAUUUGCAUUCAAGCGUUAAGCGAAAUUACGGUUUGUUUCCGGUUUUGAGAACAUGGAUUUGCCCAAUGAAAACUGUAUGUUUGACAGGUCAAACUUGUACAUUUGACAUUUCAAUUUUCAAAACGGGACUUAAUACACACUACAUUUGAAUAUUUGAUUUUAUUUAUCAGUAAUUUUAUAGUGUUUAUACUCAAAACCAACAAAUGGAUAAUCUUAAAACGAAUAAGUUUGGAAGAUCCUAUAUCAGCGGAAAACCUUUAUCAGAAGACUUUUCGAGUAUUAAUCUUGGACAUUAUUGAGAAGGGAGGAGACAGUUUAACAGGUUAUAUUCCAGUUACUUAUAUCGAGAUUGCAAAACGUUUCUGCGUUUCGCAGCAAACAGUUGCAAAAAUAUGGAGGGAAUUUUGCCAAAGAAACAGUUUUGCUGUACAAUCCCGUGGAGGACUACGUAUUAAUAAUCGCAAAUUAACUGACAAUGACUUGGAACUGAUCGAAACGUUGAAAGCAAAUAAGGGAUCGAUCUCAAUGCGAGAGAUAAGCGAAAUUUUAGAAGAGUUCGGAGAUGUCCAAGGCGGUAUUGCGAUGUCAACAAUUUCCCGCGCGGUAAAAUCAAGAUUACUGUCAGGCAAGAAAUAUUCUCGGAAGGAGAUCACACACGUCGCGCUACAGAGGUUUACCUUCACAAAUGUUUUGUAUACACAACUGUUCGUAAAUUACCUAAGUUCGAAAGAUGCUAGAAAAAUAAAUUUUUUCGACGAAGCAGGUAUAAAGUCACCAGAUGCAGGCAUUCGUCUAUACGGGCAUGCACCUGUUGGAGAAAGAUGCGUCGAAGUGGAAAGAAAGCUCGAAAAUCCCAACACAACUUUAAACCUUCUCGUUUCUCUAAAUGGAGUUGAAUACUAUAACUUGUUGGAUGGAGCAACCGACACAGUCCAGUUCCUAAAUUUCUUUGAAGAAGCUGCGAAUGCAGUCAAUUUUGAGACGACACGACCAGCGCUUGAAGUGGGCGAUAUUGUGGUCAUGGACAAUCUUGCAGUGCACCAUUAUGAAGGUGGAGAGUUGCUCGAAGAGUACCUUGCUGAUAUGGGGAUUGAAUUAUUAUUUACCCCUGUAUAUUCCCCAGACCUCAAUCCCGUUGAACUAUGUUUUAAUAAAAUUAAAACACAGCUGAAUUAUAAUUUUCAAAAAGUAUUCAAGGCAAAUUUAAAACUGGCCACCGUAUUAGCCCUUGAAACAAUUACUGUGGAAGACAUGUCUCAUUUCUAUAACCUGACAUCAUAUUUAUUCGAACUGUAA